AUGCCUCCCGGCCUUUUCCACAGCGUCAGCGCGUCAUUUUGGUCUACACACACACACUCCUUGCACGCCCACAACAUGCUUGCACUAGCACGUCUCCGCGAGCUUCAUCCGCUCUGUUUUCUAAUGUUUUCGCCGUUUCCCACUCACUGUUUUCUUGGCUUUCUACCACCAAGGCCAGAGGCGAUCGCAAUGCGCUGUCUACCGGUCGACGAUGAACUCGCGCAGUGUAGUAUUAGCCGUGGGAAAAAAAAAUCGCAGUGUAUGGAAACGGGUCCACGCUUAGCUUGCGAGCGAGAACAGAACUACGCUGUCGCAGCAGUCAACAUCGUGGUCAUUCAAAGCCCGCGCGACAACCUGCUGACCCAAUUUUUCCAGCAGUUCUGCGUUGGGAAGAGUAAUGAAUUGGUAAGAAUCGAUGCGAUACCGGAUUCAGAGGUAAUGAAGGGCAAGGAAGCAGAGUGGUAUUACAAAUAG